CUUUGCAUGGAUUUCGCAAUUGGGGUCAGGCACUGCAUUGCGACAACAGGGGGGUGCUAGUUGGUCAGCUCCGAACAUCGCUCGUUCCGUGGAAUUUUGUCAACUGAGGCGAGCAAAGAUUUCCCCAACCGCAGUCUCGCCAACAGACGAGCCGCAUAUUUUCCCACACGCCUCGGGACGACAACUUACACCGAGGGCCCGGACAUGUCGACGACACUGGGGGCCUUCAUCGCCGGCGGCAUUGCCGCGUGCGGUGCCGUCACCGCGACGCACCCCUUCGAAACGGUCAAGAUCCGCAUGCAGCUGCAGGGUGAGCUCCAGGAGAAGGGACACCAGCCUCACCACUACCGCGGCCCCUUCCACGGCGUCUCCGUCAUAGUCCGCAAUGAGGGCCCCGGCGGCAUCUACCGCGGCCUCGGCUGCGCCUACAUAUACCAGGUCCUCCUCAACGGCUGCCGCCUGAGCUUCUACGAGCCCAUGCGCUCCACCCUGACGGGGCUAAUCUUCUCCGACGAGAAGACGCAGAGCCUUGGCGUCAACAUGUUCUGCGGCGCCGGCUCCGGCAUCAUCGGCGCGGCCGCUGGGAGCCCCUUUUUCCUGGUCAAGACGAGACUGCAGAGCUACUCGCCCUUCCUGCCCGUUGGCACCCAGCACGAAUACAGGAACGCGCUGCACGGCCUCUCCCAGAUCUACAGGGGUGAGGGCAUAGGGGGCCUUUACCGAGGCGUCGGCGCCGCCAUGAUCAGGACCGGUUUCGGCAGCUCCGUCCAGCUCCCCACCUAUUUCUUUGCCAAGCGACGCCUGGUCAAGCACCUGGGUAUGGAGGAAGGACCGGCGCUUCAUCUCGCCAGCAGUACGGCCAGCGGGUUUGUUGUGUGCUGCGUGAUGCAUCCCCCUGACACCAUCAUGUCUCGCCUGUACAACCAAACGGGCAACCUCUACAGUGGCGUAUUUGACUGUUUUGCAAAAACUGUCAAGACAGAGGGCGUUUUUGCCAUUUACAAGGGUUUCCUGCCACAUCUGGCGCGAAUCCUACCACACACCAUCCUCACACUCAGCUUGGCGGAACAGACCAACAAGUUGAUGAGAAGGUUGGAGGCGCGUAUACUUCCGCAAGAGGAGCUCAAGAGCUCAUAGCCUCGUGCCAACCACCAUCGUUUUUCGAUACCCUUGAUAGGGCGACCCAGACGGUGCGAGGAAUGCAGUAUAUACGCCGCACCUCGAUGUGAUGACAUCCCACGGCAUAUUCCGGCUUUCCAUAUACCAUCCUGCAAGGUUUCGUUCACCGUGCCUUCGCUAGGCACGCAUUACUGGCGUUGGAUAGGAGGGAUGGCGUAUCAAAAGUUUAAUCCAAAAGGGCGCUCCAAAGCGUUUUCUUCCCUUUUUUUUGCUCGGCACAUAUCAGCCAUUUAUAGACCUAUCACAACCAUAGCAAAGCUUAUGGUCAGGCCGGGCCGAGGCCGAGGAUGAAAUAUCCGUCGUGACAUCACCCAUUUCGCCUUUCCACGUCUGAUUCCCAGUCAGG